AUGAUCCGGUCGGCACUGAAUUUCUGGCAGCGUGAAACAUGCGUUCGUUGGGAGGAAAAUGGUGCUGGUCAUGAUCGCGUCGUGUUUCUUCGCGGAAGCGGAUGUUAUUCGAGUGUUGGUCGAACUGGCGGUCGCCAGCAAAUUUCAAUCGGAUACGGUUGUGAUGACCUUGGAAUAAUAACGCAUGAAAUUGGCCAUUCGUUGGGUUUCUGGCACGAGCAAUCGCGGCCGGAUCGUGAUGCAUAUAUCAUACUCCGCAAUGAAUACAUCGCUCAUGGUACCGAGGGAAAUUUCGUGAAACGCUCCGAUUCUGAAAGCGAUUCGAUGGGAUUGCCUUUCGAUCUCGGCUCCGUUAUGCAUUAUGGGCCUAACGCUCGUAAGUUUGUACGCGGCACCUAA